GUGUCAUUGAUACGUACAAAAACAAGCAGUAGUGUGGCGAGUGCACGCGAACUCAUCACACGCAGAACGCAGUGAAGUUCGGUACACUAUUGUGAUCGAAAAGGUUCCUCCUCCUAUAUCUAUAUUCCGAAUUUUCACUGUGACGACUGAAAAUUAGUACAUUCAUUGCGACUUAAGAGCAUUCUGAGUUGCAAACAUGUGGAUACAGGUUCGAUCAUUUGAUGGUAAAAAGUCCAUCCGCGUGGAUGGUUUGUCGAAAUUGACGAAAAUCGAGGACUUGAGACCCAAACUUGUGGCUCCUUUUGACGCCCCGUGUGAACGACAGCGUUUAUUUUAUCGAGGAAAGCAGUUGGAAGAUGGACAGACACUUUUCGAUUACAGCGUUGGCCUAAAUGACAUCAUUCAGAUCAUGAUUAAAGCACAGCCUGCGGCUUUGCCAGCCACCACAUCGGACUAUGAGGCGGCUAGCCACAGCAAACCAGACAGUGGCUUUGUGUCGGAGAACAGUGACUCAGAGCACUCGACAUCUGGGAGCAACUCCAGCGACGCAGUCCAUGAAAUUGAGGACAAACCUUCCACCAGCACUCGCCAGUUUGGAAGCACCUAUCAGGUUGGAGAUUUGAUUGACGCUUUGGACCUCAGUAUUGGAGCUUGGUUUGAGGCUGAUAUCAUCAAGAUCACCCCAGCUUCGUCGACCGACGAGGGACAAUUGAACAGUGUGAACUGUGGAGAAGGCGUUGCUAAGGACAUAGCGGUGGAUGCUAAUCACAACAUCAGGGAUAUCUCUGCCACAAACAGCGAUGCUGAGAAAACCGCCAAGGAUGCUGACGGGAGGUUGCAGAGCUUUCAGGAGAGUGAAACUGGAGAACUGGUGAACGGAAAUGGAAGUAGAAACAGUGUUGCCACGGAUGCGCAAGACUCCAAUAGCGAUGGCCGACACACAGAUCCUUCAACUCCAGUCUCAAAGGACAGUGCAUUGCAGCAAGAUGAAAGUAAAACAGUGGGUAAAGAGCAGACUUCAACUGAGACAGGUUGCGACGGAUUCAUUUACCACGUCAAAUUUGAAGGGUACGAGGACCAAGGGGUGUUGGAGUUGCCCAGUAAGUACCUCCGGCCCCGCGCCCGCACCAUGAUCAGCUUUGAUGACGUCAGAAUUCAGGAUGUCGUCAUGGUCAACUACAAUCCUGAUGAACCAAAGGAGAGAGGAUUCUGGUAUGACGUUGAGGUCACUAGCAAGAAAACGACGAGAACGUACAAAGAGCUGAUCGGUAAUGUCAGACUGGGGAUAGAGGCCGAUGUACUGAAGGACUGCCGCAUCCGAUUAACGGAUGAAAUCUUCAAGAUUGAGAAACCUGGAGAGGUGACCUGUGAUCCGGCAUUACUCAACGGAGAAAACUCACCCAUGAAAAGGUCAAACAAGGCAGAAUGUGCCUACUGCAAAGACAACCCACGGCGCAAAUGCAAACACUGUGCCUGCCACGUGUGCGGCGGUAAGGACGACCCAGACAGACAGCUCAUGUGUGAUGAGUGUGACAUGGCGUACCAUCUGGGGUGCCUGGAUCCGCCAUUGACAGAAAUACCCGAUGUUGAAGAAUGGUAUUGCCCACUGUGCAAGAAUGACGCAUCCCAAGUCGUUAUGGCUGGCGAGAAGCUGAAGCACAGCAAGAAGAAGGCCAAGAUGGCGUCGGCAGUGAAUGAUUGCAAACGAGACUGGGGAAAGGGAAUGGCCUGCCAGGGACGCACCAAGGUCUGCACGAUAGUUCCGCCCAAUCACUUUGGAGAGAUUCCCGGUAUCCAUGUUGGCCAGUCCUGGAAGUUCCGUGUUCAGGUCAGUGAGGCUGGUGUACAUCGCCCUCAUGUGGCAGGAAUCCACGGCAGAGAGGACGAAGGAGCCUAUUCCAUCGUGUUGGCUGGCGGUUACGAGGAUGACGAGGAUAGAGGAUUUGAGUUUCUCUACACUGGUAGCGGCGGCCGAGAUUUGUCCGGUAACAAGCGCACAGCAGAGCAGUCUAUGGAUCAGAAGCUUACCAAGAUGAACAUGGCUCUUGCUCGCAACUGUAAUGCAACGUUGGAUACCAAGAAUGGCAACGAAGCCAAGGAUUGGCGGGCAGGAAAGCCAGUCAGGGUCGUCCGAAACUCCAAAGGACGCAAGCACUCCAAGUACGCACCAGAAGAAGGCAAUCGCUACGAUGGCCUGUAUAAGGUCGUCAAGUUCUGGCCAGAGAAGGGGAGAAGCGGUUUCUUGGUUUGGAGAUACCUCCUGCGUCGGGAUGACCCACAGCCCAUGCCGUGGUCCAAGGAAGGAAUCAAGAGAAUUAAGGAGCUCGCUCUCAAAAUGGAGUAUCCGGAGGGGUACCUGGAGGCCAUGGCUGCCAAGGAGAAGGAAGCCAAUGGGGGCAAAGAGUCCGAGGACAGUGAGGAAGACGGAGGCAAGAAGAAACGACAGAGCAAGGGCAAAGGCCGCAAGAGGAAAAGAGACGAAUCUGGGGAUGACAUGCCCGCAUCAAGUCCCAAGAAGACCAAGGUGGUGAUACCUCCGGAAAUCAAGAAGCUGAUCAAAGAGGACGGGGUCAACAAGAAGGUGUGGGAUGAGAUUGCCCAGGAGAUCAAGACGGGCAAGACCUUCUUGAGUGCUGUUGAGGAAGCCUUUACUUGCAUCUGUUGCCAGGAGGUGGCGUAUCAACCAGUCACUAUGCCUUGUCAGCACAACAUAUGCAAGUCCUGCCUCCAGCGGUCGUUCAAGGCCAGCGUGUACCAAUGCCCCUACUGUCGCUAUGACCUCGGCAAAGGCUACAGCAUGUCCUACAAUAAACAGCUGCAGACCAUCCUUAAGGAGCUCUUCCCAGGAUACGAGGCAGGACGUUAGGAGGCCAACACUAGUUUGUUUCUUUUUUUCUUUUUGUUCUUCAUUUUUUGUUUACAUAGCUUGCUAUGAAGGCCAUGUUACAGCUUGUGCAUUGUAUAUCUGCAUUUGUUACUGAAAGGGCAUGCUAUGAGGAGUAGUUUUUAAAGCGCGCACAAUUUAAAGAAAAACAACACUAACUGUGUAUUCUUGUCUCAUUGGUGAACGACUGUACGGCUGUGGUUCUUACAUUCAUCAGUCAUCAAACUGGAUGCUGUUCUCUUGCAGGGAAUAUCCUGCUUAAUGACAAGUUGAUGUGGAUCAGUCAACACCAGAAAUUAUUUGCCGUGUCCGCCGACGGUUUACUAGGUUAAUCUUGAAAAUCUGGCAUAUUUUUGGUUGUAAAAUGACAGAUCUGUUCGGCAAGGGAUUCAACUGCAUGUAUUUGUUAUGUUAAUCGUAACAUAGCGCUGACUUGCAGCCCACGUGAAAAAAAUGGAUGGUGUCACAUGGACAACGGCAUCACAGCUGCCACAUCAUUGGGUAUUAAAUUCAACUAAAUAUUUGAGUCAUCUAUGCAAAGUACAUGUAACUUGUUAGCACUCAUGUGGAAAGUCUCUGUUUUAAAAGUUCUAUGAAAUAGAUAGUUGGAUAUAUAGUAGUAAUGACUUUGUAAUGUUCUGUUUAGCUUUUGAUAGAAUUCAUUUCCAGUUACGCUAUAUUGAGCAUUAUUUAACUGUUUACUGGUUUUAUCUUACCUCAUUUUUCUGAUUAAAAAAUGUGACCUCUGAGGAUAUUAUAAAAUUGCAGAAUAUAAAUGAAUGUGGUGAUUGUUUUAACAUUUUUUUAUAUUUGACACUAAUUGAAACGACUUUUUUGUAAAUAUUUCUGCUGAAAAAAUUUACUCAGUCGACAAUUUUUAUUGUAAGGUGCCUUAAUGUUUCAGCCUUGUAGUGAGCCUGUCAGUCUUUAAGAGCCAGUGUCAAGCAGAUACAAAAGGGAUGGAAAAGUUGGAGACUGUAUUAAUGCCAAAUCUUAAACCACUAUCUUUCUUGCAGAAGAUGCUGUGUGUCUGUUUUUAUUUCAUGGGCCACAGUUGAAACCAACACGGCAGCUUUCUUUUUAAGUAACGAACGAGAGCCACAAAGGUCAGCCAGUAUUUGUCGCCUGCAAGUGCUUCUUACGAUGCAGUUCAGUUUUGAAAAGAGUCACCAGAUUCAUCCAGGAUUUCAAAGCCAACAUGGGCCGCGUUGUGUAACGUAUUCAGAAGGAAGGUUUUUGCUCUUGACAGUAUUUAGAUCCUGCUGUUUGACCCGUGGUUUACCGUUGCAGUGAAAGUGAAGGGUCUUGAGGGUAUUUCAUCUCGAUAUAAACAGUAAACCACCUGUGCAUUAAUCAGCUUGGCUCCUUCGCUCACUGCCAUUGAAUUUAGUUAAAAUUAAAUACACUUCUUGUUCAGGUCUGCAGUUAAUGUGUUGGUGAUCUUAACAUGAAUUUGUCACAUAAUUGUUUGGAGAUGCAGACAUUUUAUUUUUUUUCGAGUUGGUUACAUUUAGUUAUAUGUUCCCCAAACCCAACAAUGUAUUGAGGACAAGUAAUAAAAAAAAAAUAGUAUUUAAA